AUGGCUGACGAGGAGAACGCUAAUAUCACUGAUACAGAAGUUCUCGAUGACGAACCACGUAGUAUUCUUCUUGGACUCAUCUCGCAGUUGCGCAAAGGUAUGGAUUUGCACCGUGUUACCUUGCCUACCUUUGUGCUCGAACCACGCAGCAUGUUAGAGCGGAUAACUGACUUUAUGAGUCACCCCGAGUUAAUAUUAAGUGUGCCAAAGGAACCCAAUCCGACGAAACGAUUUGUGGGUGUAGUUAGAUAUUAUUUAUCUGGAUGGCAUAUUAAACCAAAGGGUGUCAAGAAGCCUUACAAUCCAAUCCUUGGUGAACAUUUUCGCGCUUGCUGGAAAUUUUCAGACAAUACCGAAGCGUAUUAUGUAUCCGAACAAGUAUCCCAUCAUCCACCUAUUUCAGCUUAUUAUUAUGCCAGUCCCGAGAAUAAUUUAAUUAUCUCGGGUGACAUUCGACCCAAAUCGAGAUUUCUUGGUAAUAGCGCAGCAACUCUGAUGCAAGGAGAAUCGAGGAUCUAUUUUACAAAUCGUCCAGGGGAAGUCUAUUCUAUUGUUAUGCCAAAUGUCUAUGCGAGGGGUAUUUUGUUUGGAAGGAUGGUACUUGAACUGGGUGACGCGUCAGUAGUACGUUGUGAAAAAUCCGAUUUGAUAUGCGAGCUAGAGUUUAAGACGAAGGGAUUCUUUUCCGGUUCCUAUAAUGCUAUCGUAGGUAAAAUAAAGAUAGAAUCGACAGGAGAGUGUCUUUACGAAAUUAGUGGGAAAUGGUCGGAUAUCAUGUAUAUUAAAGAUCUUAAAACAGGGAAAAAGGAAGUUUUAUUUGAUGCUCAUGGAGCGAAAAUACAUCCAAAGAUAGUAUCUCCAGAGUCUGAACAGGAACCAAAUGAAUCAAGAAGACUGUGGCAGAAGGUAACAUCAGCAUUAGCAAGUAGAAAUUUGGACUUGGCAACACAAGAAAAAACAUUGAUAGAGGAUACUCAGCGUAAUGAUGCAAAGACACGUGAGGCUGAAGGAAUUGAUUGGAGGCCAAGAUACUUUUUGUACGAAAACGAUCAAUACAAGUUCAAGCAAACUCACCUCUCGAAGGAUCCACAGCUAGCCAAACAACAGAUUGGAUCAUUUAUUUUUGCAUCACAUUCACCAGCAGACUUUCAUUCUCCAAAUGGAUAA